UGCCUGCGGUCACACCGCGGAAAAAUGUCGAAGGCGCGCGUCGCUCGCAUUUCUUGAGUUCUUCUUUCCUACGAAAUCGACAACAAAUUCGCAACAAGUGCGGUGAUCUUUGUUAUUCUCUGUUCUUCGCUCGUCUCGACAUCGCAGUGUGUGAAAAGUGCGUUUUGUUUUCCGAUUCGAUUCGUUUCGAUUUGGUCAGUCUCGCGAUUUCGAUUUCUCCGCAACAUUCGCAUUCGCAUUUCCCUGCGCACUUGGCUCUCUUUGACUCCGACGUCGACUGCGCAGCCGCCGCGCCGCGACGCGAAAUGUGCAACAACAAGUUAAACAACAACUACGUAGCAGCAACAACACAUCGACAGAGUUAACCAAUAUUUAAUUGCGGGCUUAAUUAAAUUAGCCAGCCCCACAGUGCAGUGCAAAAGUGCGCAAGAAGAAAAAAUAAGGAGAACGCUGCUCAUUCUUCGCUCCCACCUGGAAUUCAAAGCUGGAUAAAUUGGAUUAAACCGGGCGACAAGGAAUUAAAGUAAAAGUGACGCCGUCUAAAGAGGCAAAACCAAGUCAGAAGCAGAAAGUAGGAAGCCCCAAAAGGGCAGAUCAAAGUGACCGUUGCAAAAGGGCUAGCAAAAGCAAUCGACCGAAAGAUAGUUCGUAGCCCCAACAAAACGAAGCCCAAACGACGUCACACUGGAGUCACAACACGAUCUAUUCUCCCAGAACUGAGACGAGACUUCCCCCCACCCCGAAUACAACCUGUACAGUAUGUCACAUGAUAAGAAGAUGUUGGAUCGCGAGGCAGUACGUUCAGUGAUACAGCAAUGGAAUGCCAAUCGAUUGGAUCUGUUUGCGCUCUCCGAGCCAGACGAGAACCUGCUCUUCCAUGGCGUUAUGCGCUUCUACUUCCAAGAUGCUGGCCAGAAAGUGGCCACCAAAUGCAUUCGCGUGGCUUCCGACGCCACCGUCACAGAUGUCAUAGACACACUCAUUGAGAAAUUCCGUCCCGAUAUGCGGAUGCUAUCCGUGCCCAACUACGCCCUUUACGAAGUGCAUGCCAAUGGCGAGGAGCGUCGUCUCAAUGCCGACGAGAAGCCACUACUCGUGCAGCUGAAUUGGCAUAUUGACGAUCGCGAAGGUCGAUUCCUGCUCAAGAACAUAGACCAGAAGACCACUCCCAUCGAGCAGACAGAUCUAAACUUUAAGAGAAAACUCUCGAAGCGAGAGAAAAAGGAGCAGAAGAAAAAGGAGAAGAUGGCAAAGCUGAGCUCCGAUCCGCCCACCUCGAAUGGCAGUCACUUGGGCUUGGGAAAUGGUGUCAGCGCAUCCUCGGGAUCUGCCCACAUGAAUGGCAACGCCGGUGGAACUGGAGGCGACGGCAGCGAUGCCGUGGCAGGAAAACUGUACACGGAACUACCAGAAACCUCGUUCACCCGAUCGAUCUCAAACCCGGAGGCCGUGAUGCGGCGGCGCCGUCAGCAGAAGCUCGAGAAGAAGCUGCAGCAGUUCCGUUCUAGGGAUGGUGGUCCCGAUACCGGUGGCACGUUGAAGAUUUACGGCGAGAGCCUCUGUCAGGACGUGCCCUACAAGACGCUGCUGCUUUCCAUCCGGGAUUGUGCGCAGGCUGUUGUUCGGGAAAUGCUCACAAAAUACGGUCUAGAAAAGGCCGAUCCCCUGCACUACUGCCUGGUUCAGGUCAACAGCGACGGAACAGAAUAUAUACUCGACGACGACGAGUGCCCGCUAUCGAUACUCAUGAACCAUCCGACGUCGCGAGGCUCCAUCAUGUUCCAUGUGCGGAGACGUCCGGCGGACUCACAGCCCCGGAGGCGAAAGAAAAAGCCACUGGGCGCGGCCAACGGGGCCAGCCACAUAUCCGGAGAUCGGGAGGGACCCGUCCUGGUGGAGGUGACGCACAGCGGCGACGGCGGCCGGCGGAUUAAGUUGGGCAGCGACCCGGUGGAGGUGGGGUCGGCCAACACUAACUGCCUGCAGCUAUUCGGACCCUCGAUCCAGCCGAGGCACUGCCUCAUUUCGCUGCUGGAGGGCGUUUGCACCGUGACCCCGCUGCACACCGAUGCCCUGACCUUUGUCAACGGCCACCACAUUAGUCAGCCGACCAUUCUGCAUAACGGAUCGGUGGUAAUGUUCGGACGGGUGGCCUCGUACCGCUUCCUCGAUUCCCCCACCGACGGGCGCUACAACCUGGCUCUGUCCCAAUCCCAGCUGGACUCGGCAUGUCUCUACGAAAGCCGCUCGCCCACAUCCCCGGGAUCCUGGAAUGACGAGGAUGGAGCCUUGAGUUCGACACACAAAAGCGACUACGACCACCACCAGCCAGCAAACCAUUCCAGCGCCUACCACAACAAUAAUAACAACUCCAGUGAUCACCCCCUGAGCAGCACGCUGCGGGACGUGGUGGACAGCAAGGCUGGACAGGAUCAGGGGGCCAAUUCGGGCAACUACGACGGCCAAAGCCUGGAGGGCAAUCUGGAGAACGAAACCAAGUCGAUUUCCAGCUUGAAGUCAGGUGGUUCCAACAGUCAAGAUCGGUCGCCCAAAAUGACAGGCUCUGGCAUUUUGGCCGGUGGUGGCAGCGGUUCUGGCGACACCCAGGGACAGGAGCCCAUCCUGCCGGCUGUCCUGGAGUUCCCCGAAACUCACCAGGAACUCUUUCUGCGCCACAUUAUCAGCGAACUGGACGUGAACGUUCCGCACUUUAAGCUGGCACCCGUCUACUCGCUCUACCUGUGUGCUAGAUAUCGAGCGUCCACACAUUACCGCCCCGAGUUGCAGCCCACGGAGCGUGCCCACAAACUGACCAUGUUCCUGCACCACGUGGCUAAUCUCGUCUACAGCGUAGUCCAGGAGCAGUACACGGAUCCCCGAAUCUUGGCCUUUUGGAUGGCCAACAGCUCGGAGUUCCUGCACUUCCUUAAAUCGGAUCGCCACAUAAGCGCGUUUAGUGUCCAGGCUCAAGAGGUUUUGGCCGAGGCCGUGCAGACUGCGUUUCGCAACCUGGUCAACUGUUUCCGAUUGGAACUCUCGCAAACCCUCAACCAGUUUCUCUCCGAGAACAUUGAUCACGACUCCGCGGCGGGUCUGGUACUGACUGUGCUGGGAUCGGCGAUGGCCCUUCUUAGACGAUGCCGUGUAAAUGCAGCCCUAACGAUCCAGUUGUUUUCGCAGCUGUUCCACUACAUCAAUGUCAUAUGUUUCAAUACGAUUGUGGCAAACUCUCAGAUGUGCACAGGUGAAUGGGGUAAGGUAAUGACGGAGCGGCUUCAGUUGCUGGAGCUGUGGGCAGAACGGCAAGGAUUGGAAUUGGCGGCGGAUUGCCAUUUGGCCAAGAUCAAUCAGUGUGCUCAGUUUUUGCAAGCACCCAAAUCCUCCGUGGAGGAGAUCCAGCAGUUAGCCUGCUCCUGCUUCCGUUUAAACUCCCUUCAAAUGGCAGCGUUGCUUCAGCAGGAAAAGCUUCCCCGCAACCUGGUUGAUACGGCCAUAAGGAUGGCGGAAUCUGUGGCUGACGAACUAACCCGUGCCGAUGGUCGAGAGGUUCGGUUGGAAGAAUCACCAGAGCUUCACUUGGCGCUUCUGCUGCCCGACGAUGGAUUCAGCUGUGAUGUGGUGCGUGGCAUUCCCACCGGUCUCGUAGACUUCCUCAAUCCCCUCCAGCAGCAGGGCAUGUGCCGUCUGGCGGCCCAACCCACCUCCAUUGGCCUUUGGACGGUCUAUAUGCAUCAGUUUAAUGCUCGCAGUUCCAGUGCCAUGUCUAACAAACUUCCGCAACCGGAAUUGCAGCUCAUUAAGCUACACAAGAACAGCAACGGCAUGGGCUUAUCCAUCGUCGCUGCGAAGGGAGCUGGUCAGGAGAAGCUGGGCAUCUACAUCAAGAGUGUUGUGCCUGGCGGAGCGGCAGAUGCAGAUGGACGUCUGCAAGCUGGCGACCAGCUUCUGCGCGUGGAUGGGCAGAGCUUGAUUGGUAUCACACAAGAGAGGGCUGCGGACUACCUGGUGCGAACGGGUCCUGUGGUCAGUUUGGAAGUGGCCAAGCAGGGAGCCAUCUAUCACGGGCUGGCUACGCUGCUCCAGCAGCCUAGUCCGGUGAUCCAGCGUGGUAAUCGCCGUAUGUCCGAACGCGAUUUGACGCGGAUGGGCGGUGCCGAAUCGACCAAAUCUCUGGGUCCACUGAUAGCCAACAGUCAUCCGAAUCACAGCCUUAGUCUUAGCCAACAUCUGAACAACAGCCACAACAACACCCUAGGCAAUAGCAACAAUAGUAGCAUCAUCAAUCCCCUAGCUGCACACCUGCCCAACAGCAAAUCGGUGCCGGCUCUGCAUCACCACACGGGAUCGGGUACCAUAUCCCUGGCCAAUUCCAAGUCACGCAGCACGCACAGUUUGCAUAACAAUACAUCUGGAAUGGGUGGAAUCGGCGGAGCUGCAGCAGGAGGAUUGCUGGGUCAGCCAAAUGGCAGCCAUAACAAUGCAAAUGGAAAUGGCAACGGCAACGAGCAGGGAUUCUAUCAGAAUCUCAGCGUGUAUCGGGCGCAAAAUCAGAGCCAACCGAUUUUGAACGAGAGACCGCCGAUCGCCGCACAUGCCGCCAUGAACGCCUACAAUGGCAGUUCCCCGCUUGCACCGCAGCAGCAACCACAGCAGCAACAGCAAUCGCCAUACCAGCAGCAGCAGCAGCAACAUAUGCAGGCCAAUGCUAACCUCCCGCCCACGCGACCCGUCUCAGCCUAUUACCACAGCCAGCAGUCGGCGCAGCAGCAGCUGCAGCAACAGCAGCAGCAACAACAGCAGCAGCAACAACACUCCCUGCAGCAGCAACAGUUCGCACUCAGCAGCGGCAAUCUCAAUGGCCAGCAGCAACAGCACCAGCACCAGCUCACCUUGAACAACCGCACCAAGAGCCAGCAGAACUUCCAGCACACUCUUCGUAUGCAGCAGAUGAUGGCUCCCUCCAUGCCCAACAUCAGCAAUAUGUACCAUCACCAGCAGCAACAACAGCAACAGCUGCCCCUGCAGCAACAGCAGCAGCAGCAACAGCAACCUCUGAUGAGCAGCAGUCAGAGCAUGCAGAAUGUCAACGAUUUCACAGGUGGCUAUCAGAAUGGCAAUCUGGAGUACAGGCGCAGUCAGCUCCAUGAUCCAUCCACGCUCUACGAAAUUCAGCAGCAACAGUUGCAACAGCAACAGCAGCAGCAGGCAUCGCCGAAUUUUAUAACCCUGCCCCCGAAACCAUUGGGCAGCUUACAGUCUCCCAAUAAACCAAAUGUUCCACCAAGUACAGCACCAAAACCGCAGCAGCAACAGCAGCGAUAUCUAGGACAAUCCCUGCCGGCAGAGGACAAGCCACCUCUACCGCCCACAGCAACGCAUCCGCUCUUUAAAGCCACGCAGCAGAUUGCUCCGGGAAUGAAUUACGUAGCCAGUACAUUAGAUCCGCCAAAGGGCAGCUAUGUGGCGUCCAAUCAAGGGAACAAUCGUCCCCUUCACAGCGGUAGCAAUCCAUGGGAAAGGGAGGAGCGUGAAAAGGAUCUAGAGAUGCGGCGCGAACACAUUCGCCAGUGGCGGGAGCAGCAGAUAUCGGAGCUGUCCCAGAUCAUAUCCCGUUCCCCAAUGCAAGAGGAGCAACUGAAAACCCUGAUACUCGAGCGCGACUUUGAGCGAAGAGCACAAGAACUACAAGAGCAAGAGGAACAGGAUCAGGAACAGCAGUACGACAAGGAGAACGUCCAGGAGUUGUUCAGACUGGCUGGCGGCGGUCAGGUCAGUGCCAUACAAACACCAAUUACCAGUUACCGACAAACGGAGAUAAAACUGGCGGAGAUGCCGGACAGCAACAGUCUGGUGGAUUCAGUGCCACCACAGCCUCCAGCACCAACUGCCCAGCCGCUGAGCAGCAACACCCAGCAGCCGAAGAGUAUACUUAAGCACAAUCGGUAUUCCGAAGGUGGGGUGGGUCCCAGUGGGGCACCCUCGUCGCCAUCGAAGUCGCAGAAAUCCGCAAGUUUUGCAGACGAACGACAUCUGCAUACUGAGCAUCCGAUAUCCAAUCUAGCGAAGGAGCUUAAUCAGCUCACAAUGCUUGAUAAGGACAAUAACAACGAGACUCUGGAUGCUGUUGUGCCGCCACCUCCACCGCCAGAAAGGAACAGCUCUUAUUUAAUCAUGUCACAGCAGAAACUGCGGGGCAGCACUGGAAACGCAACUUCGUCCAUGGGCCUACUGAAAACGGCCACCAGCAAUCAGGCCGCAGCUGCUGUGGAGAUUAAAAAGGCAUCUCUUCUGAACACCCAAACCAAUAACAACAACAAUUUGAGUGGGAGCUUAAACAACAACACCAUGCAAGGAUCACCACUCAGCGCCAUGGAACUAAAUGCCGCCUAUGUUUCGGCCACGGGAACAGGAAUAAUUGGAGGAUUGGGCACACCACCUCCGCCGCCACCGUUGAUGCAGAGGGACAACAAGCGGGUGAGCUUCCACGAUGAAGAGAAUAAUUUUGUGAGCGGGAAUAGCCAGCAACAACAGCUGCAGCAGCAAUAUAUUAUGGAUAAUUACGGUAUGGAGCAUCAGGAUUUGGACACUAUCAGAGAGGAUACGAGUUAUCUGCAACACAAUCUCGAUGCCUCCAUGCUGCCAUCUAUGCCAGCCACUCCAGAUGCUGCCCUCUGGAACACCUCAGUGCAAUCCACUCCGGGCGUCAUUGGCGCUCAAGAAGUGUACAGAGAUCCCCGUACGCGUCGACUGGCGGAGAAACAGCAGCAGCAACAGCAACAACGGGCUGGAGAUGCGGUGCCCGAAAAGCUAUCGUUCAAGGAGAAGAUGAAGAUGUUUGCCCUGGAGUCGGGGGAAGAUAACACGCCCAAGGACAAGCUGAAAAUAUCGCGAGCCCAACGAGAUAUAGACGCGGUGCACUAA